AUGAAUGAUGAACUUGCAGCUUUAAAACGUAAUCAUACUUGGUCUCUCGUUCCUCUACCACCUGACCAUAAAGUUAUUGGCUGUCGUUGGGCGUACAAGAUUAAACACUACUCUGAUGGUCUUGUUGAAGGUUAUAAAGCUCGACUGGUAGCAAAGGGAUACACUCAGGUUGAAGGUGUUAAUUACAAAGAGUCAUUUUCUCCUACAGCGAAACUUACUACACUUUGUUGCUUACUCGCUAUUUUCGCUCCUCAAAAAUGGUUCACUCAUCAGUUGGAUGUUCAAAAUGCCUUUCUCCAUGGUAAUCUAGAUGAGGAAGUCUAUAUGUCUUUACCACAAGUCAUGUCGGUCAAAAUAAUGUCUCUUAUUGUCGCAACUUUAGGUGUGAUAUCCUUUAUAUUUGGAGUCGUAGCUGAGAACAAGAAGCCUGCAUCUGGAACUCCCAUCCCAGGCAAAGGCAUUGUUGUCUGUCAGUAUCCAGUGGACCCAACUGUGGCCUUGGGAUAUCUUUCACUUGCGUUUCUUCUUGCUUCUUCAAUUGCAGGAUACUUCUCUUUGUUUAAGAGCACCAGUUUCUCUAUUUUCUUCAACAUUUCCCUGUUCACAACUGGAUUGGCUAUAACUUUGCUCGUAUGGCAUACAGUCACUGAGCAAAUUCACUUGACUCGCAACGUUUAUCACAAUCUCGAGACAGCAUGCCCGACCGCUAAGACUGGUCUUCUAGGUGGUGGUGCAUUUUUAUCCCUUGAUUCAUCCCUCUUUUGGUUGGUUGCCUUGAUGUUGGCUGGAAAUGCUCGAGAGGACUACUUUGAUGAAAUAGAGGAAAACGGAGACAGUGCUGAGGCUCUUAAGAACAACGCAUGAAAAUUCUUUGUUCGGGGAGAAUAAUAAUUCAGUUUCACUU